AUGGCGACGAGGAGCAAGUAUAGAGAGUGCCCGAAGAACCAGGCGGUCGGGAUCGGAGGCCACGUGGUGGACGGCUGCAGGGAGUUCCUGCCAUCUGGGCCAGACGGCCGCAUCGACGCCCUCAAAUGUGCCGCCUGCACCUGCCACCGCAACUUCCACCGCCUCGAGAACGACGACGACUCUGCUGCAGCACCGCGGCUCUUCUUCCACCACCACUACGCUGCCCUUCUCGCUCCCACGCCGCCUCAGCUUCCCCAACAUCCCUCGCCGCCAAAAGAAGGGAGAAGGGUGGUAAUCGAUGACAGAGAUGGAAGUUUCGUGGAACUAGCGAUUAGGGUUUUGUUUUUAUGUUAA